CAUCAUACUAUCUGUUUUUAGUGUAAUAUCUAAAAUGUUAUAGCGGCUCAUGAGUGGUGAUGACGAAAAGCCAAUUCUGUGGAGUAAUUUGGACCAAUCGUAUAAGACCACGAUCGCAAUGGCGGUGUGGCUGAACAGUUUUAUGUUAUCGGGUGGUUAAGUAGAAACUUCUAAAGCCAGCUAGUUUGUUUUCUUAUGUAUUGAAGUAUUCGUAUUAUCGUGGUUCAAUUUUUUAUUCAGUCAUGUACCAUUGUGGUUUAUUAUUGGUCUUAUUGGAUCUGUCGUUAGAUGUUGUUGGGAGUGUUUCCCAAUUAGAAAUUGAUAGGCACUUGGAAUUAGGUAGAGAAUUUUUAGCAAAAGGACAAUUACAGGAUGCAUUAUCACAUUAUCAUGCAGCUGUUGAGGGAGAUCCAAACAACUAUUUGACAUAUUAUAAAAGGGGCACAGUAUAUCUAGCAUUAGGUAAAGCUAAAUUUGCACUCCUUGAUCUUGAUAGAGUUUUGGAAUUGAAACCAGAUUUUACAUCUGCAAGAUUGCAACGUGGAAAUGUACUGCUUAAACAAGCUCAAUUCGAGAAAGCUGAAGUUGAUUUUCGAGAUGUGUUGGCAGUUGAACCACAUAAUUCAGAUGCCUAUAAUGCCUUAUAUAAAAUAGUACCUGCCCAAAAAGAUUUGUUAAUUGUAGACAGAUUAAUAAAGAAUGGCGAUUAUACAACUGCUGCACAACAGCUUUCCAGAGUUAUUGAAGUAUGCCCAUGGUCAGCUGAACUUAGAGAACGCCGAGCUGAAUGUUAUGAAGCACUUGAAGAUUAUGUUAGUGCUAUUUCUGAUAUACGGUCUACAACCAAAUUACAGUCAGACAAUACACAAGGAUAUUUAAAGACAGCCACAUUACAUUAUCGUCUUGGACAAGUUGAAGAAUCAUUAACGGAAAUUCGAGAAUGUUUGAAACUUGAUCCAGAACAUUCACAGUGCUUUUCAUUUUAUAAAAAAGUUAAGAAAAUAGCAAAACUAUUAACAGAUGCAAGAACGUAUAGAGAUCAAAGAGAUUACGCUAAAUGUAUAGAUUCUGCUCAACCUAUUCUUAAACAUGAACCACAAGUAGCCAAUGUUCGUUUUCUUGCUCAUCAGGAGCUUUGUAAAUGUUAUGUUGGUAACUUAGAACCAAGCAAGGCAAUUAAAAAUUGUCAUGAAGCAAUAAAAAUAAGAAAAGAAGCUGAAGUAUUUUGUGAUAGAGGAGAAGCAUAUCUUGCUGCUGAAAUGUUUGAUGAUGCAAUUAAAGAUUUUGAAGAAGCUUUAGAAAUUGAUAUGAGAUUACAAAGAGCAAAACAAGGUCUUCAUAAAGCGCAACAGCGACAAAAACUUUCUGAAUCACGAGAUUAUUAUAAAAUUUUGGGUGUGCCAAGAACAGCGUCUAAACGUGAUAUUAUUAAAGCGUAUAGAAAAGCUGCACAAAAGUGGCAUCCUGAUAAUUUUCAAGAAGGAGACGAAAAGAAACGGGCAGAGAAAAAAUUUAUUGAUAUUGCAGCUGCCAAAGAAGUAUUAACUGAUGAUGAAAAAAGAGCAAAGUUUGAUCAAGGAGAAGAUCCGUUAGAUCCUGAAUCAGGGAAACAUCAAGGCUUCAAUCCCUUCCAAGAAUUCCAUCAAUUCCAUGGUUCUCCCUUCCAAUUUAAGUUCCACUUUAAUUAGACAUCUUUUUUAUUUUCAUGCUACUAGCUUAAAUAAAAUUCCUAAAUUUUUAUAAUGUCGUUAUGUAUGCGACAUGAUUUCUGCUACCUUAGCUGAAAUUUAAUUUUGCUGAUCUACCUCGUCGGUAGUUAUACGGGUAAUUAUUUACUUUAGCAGCUUU